AAAAAAUCAAUUACGAAAAGGGAAUUAUGAAUUUCGAUAUAAUAACUAAAAAACUGUCGAUACUAUUAUUUUGGAUUUAUAUUUUUCCAUUAUCCUCUUCGGUUUCCGUAAAUGUGUCACUGCAUAUCAUAUCCAGCUAUUUUAGAUUCAAGUCGCCGAAGGUGGACUUAAGGGAAAAUUGUGCAAGACAGCCGAGAGUUUUUCACUCAAAAGGAGUUGUCAUGACUACAGUAACAGAUAUCGACCAGUAUACCAUUGAGGGUUACAAUGACCAGUACACAGUACCAGAGAUAAACAAACGAGACAUGGCCAGACUGGAGCUCAUGGUGUGUGGAAACGAAGGAACAGUUGGGGAUAGAAAACAAGAGGAGUUAAGAAAACUGUUUCAUGCAGCAAUUGACCAAAUACAAAAAGAAAAACGUGAGGUUUGGAAAAAUGCUAAGGUUGUCAUUCAGGACAUGUACGGACAGUCAAUAACUAUAACCUCUGGAGGCGGGGCUUAUACAUUUACUGUUCAACAUAAUAUGAAGGGAGAAAUACAAGUGUACAGAAAAGGAAAACCUAUGUGUUCAAAAUUCAAAGGGUAUUUUCUAUCUCUGAUUUGUUCUCCGAGGAGACAUCUUGCCAUCAAUCAAGCAAGACAUUAAUGAUUUUAAAUCAUGAUAUGUAUAAACAAUUAAAAAAAGAACAUGGUUGCAUGUAUAUGAUUUUUACUUCGCUGUAUACACAGAACAAUAAAACUGAUAAAAAUCUCUCAAACUCCUUUUUGUUGGUUUUAUCACA